CUGGGGGUGCUCCUGGUUUCCAGUUCAGCACCAAUGUGUGCCCAGAACAAUGCCAUUCUGAGAACUGAAACAAAACUGUAGCAGCAGUUUCUCUCUGUGGGAACCUUUCUCCCCCUUCCUCCCCCCUCCACACCAUUCAGCUUCUUGACUCUGCUGGUACGGAGAGGGUGGCAGACUGCAGGCUUCCAGCGCACUAAAAUAGCAGCAAACCGAAGAACCUAGGAUCCUCAGGGCUUAGUUCAUCCUCUUCCUGUUGAGCCAGACAUGGAGACUUCAUGUUGAAUCUUUCUGGGAAUUCAACACCCUUUUUGUGCCUUCCCACUCCCACCCCACAGCCUGGACUCUCCAGAUACUGUCAGUUUCUCCUGUGGCAGCUCUUGAGAAGCCAGAUCUAUUUUAACAGCCGCCUUUUUAGAUGUGCCAGCUGUAGUCUUUGGAGGGAGUGGGAAUACAUCUUGGGAAGGGGAGUGGAAGGAUGCAGCAUGAAUCUUAACCUUCCAGCUGCCUGUUCGGACGCACAUUACUGAGUGGCAAGGAAGCCUUUGGAUUUUCCUUGCGGACCUUUGGGACGCUGUGCUCCAGAGGAGCUGUCUAUGCCUAGGCACGUUCGUGGAGGUGCACUUGCUUUUCUGCUAACAGGUGUGCUGGGCACACAGCACCCUCCAUCUUGCCUCUGAGAUUCCCUGCCAGCGAGGGCCGCUGUACCACGUGAUGGACUUGGACCCAUAUGCAAGCAUGCAGGUCGGGAUGCGGGUGGUCCGCGGAAUUGACUGGAAAUGGGGCAACCAGGACAACAGUGAAGGGAAUGUUGGGACCGUGGUUGAGAUUGGCCGGCAAGGCAGCCCAACAACACCGGAUAGGACUGUUGUGGUGCAGUGGGAUCAAGGGACCAGAACCAAUUAUCGGACUGGAUUCCAAGGAGCCUAUGACCUUCUUCUGUACGAUAAUGCACAAAUAGGUGUGCGCCAUCCCAACAUCAUCUGUGAUUGUUGCAAGAAGCAUGGGAUCAGAGGCAUGCGGUGGAAGUGCAAGGUGUGCUUUGAUUACGACUUGUGCACGCAGUGUUACAUGAACAACAAGCACGACACCUCGCACGCCUUUGAGCGCUACGAGACUGCCCACUCACGACCAGUCACAGUGGGUCCACGACAGAACUUGCCUCGUAUCACGUUAAAAGGCACUUUCCAGGGGGCCAAAGUUGUCCGUGGCCCAGACUGGGAGUGGGGUAAUCAGGAUGGUGGUGAAGGUAAAACCGGGAGAGUGGUGGAUAUUCGUGGCUGGGACGUGGAGACUGGCCGCAGCGUGGCAAGCGUCACGUGGUCUGAUGGCACCACAAAUGUUUACAGAGUCGGGCACAAGGGAAAGGUGGACCUGAAAUGCAUUUUGGAAGCAUCUGGCGGCUUUUACUACAAAGAGCAUCUCCCGAGACUAGGAAAACCUGCUGAGCUGCAGAGGAAAGCGAGCACAGAGAGGCACCCCUUUCAGCAUGGUGACAAAGUGAAAUGCCUGCUGGACAUUGACAUCUUACGAGAGAUGCAAGAGGGGCAUGGUGGCUGGAACCCUAAAAUGGCUGAGUUCAUUGGCCAGACAGGGACUGUGCACAGAAUCACUGACAGAGGGGAUGUCAGAGUCCAGUUCAACAGCGAAACCCGCUGGACUUUCCAUCCAGGAGCUCUGACUAAGCUCAACACCUUUUGGGUUGAUGAUGUUGUCCGUGUGAUAGAUGAUAUGGAAACAGUGAAGCGAUUCCAAGCUGGUCACGGGGAGUGGACAGAUGAAAUGGCACCUACUCUAGGGCACAUUGGCAAGGUGAUCAAGGUGUUUGGAGAUGGAGACUUGAGAGUGUCUGUUGGAGGGCAAUCCUGGACCUUUAACCCAGCUUGUCUCACGGCCUACCAGAGAGAUGAGGAUGCAAACCUCAUGACAACAGAGAACACCAAGGAAUCCAAAAGCACUUUGAUCUCCAUCCUAGAGAAACUGCUGUGCCAGAAGAUGGAGUUGGAUCAUCCAGGGCGCUUGGUCAUGGAGGCAGCGCAUGGCAAUGCUGUUAAAGUCCAGGACCUGGUUCAAAAGUACCCAGACAAGGUUGAUAUAAAGAAUCAGGGCAGAACUGCGCUGCAAGUAGCUGCCCACCUGGGCCGGGUAGAGGUUGUGAAGAUCUUACUGCAGGCUAAUGCUAACAUCGACCUGAAGGAUGAAGAGGGGGACGCCGCUCUCCAUUAUGCGGCUUUCGGAAAUCAAGCUGAGGUUGUCCGUGUGCUUGUCAGUCACGGAGCCAAUGCAGACCUGUUGAACAAUGCCAAGUGCACAGCCUUAUAUGUCGCAGUCAGCAAAGGAUUCACGGAGAUCGUGCGGAUACUUUGUGAGCACAACUGUGAUGUCAACCUCCCGGAUUCAUUUGAUGACACCCCCCUGCACUAUGCCAUCACUGCCGAUUUGAAAAGCAUCAUCGAGAUCCUCACUGAGGUACCGAACAUCGAUUUCACGGUCCAGAAUCGCCAAGGCUUCAACCUGCUGCACCACGCUGCACUGAAGGGCCACACGCUAGCCAUAAAGAAGAUUCUGGCACGAGCCAGGCAGUUGGUUGAUGCUAAAAAGGAAGAUGGCUUCACCGCCCUGCAUCUUGCUGCCCUCAAUAACCACAUGGAAGUAGCAGAAAUUUUAAUCAGAGAGGGUCGCUGUGAUGUCAACCUCAGGAACAGCCGGAACCAGACUCCCCUGCACCUGGCAGUCACCCAGGGGCACAUGGACCUGGUGCAGCUGCUGGUACGCGAAGGCAGCGAUGUUAACGCCGAGGACGAGGACGGAGACACGGCCAUGCACAUUGUCUUGGAACGGCAGCAGCUGAUGUCAAUCAUGGCCGAGGAACAGGAAGGGGGGGAGGGACUGUCCCUCUUCUCCAAGGUGAGAGAGAGAAGGAGCAGUGCUGCACCAGAGGAGUGCCUUGCGGCGUCAGAAGGUCUAUGGACAGUCAGGCUCAAGGCUUCAGGCUUUCUUGGAAAUGUAGAGCUGAAUGUUGGUGCUGCGAUUGCGUGUUUCCUAGCACAGGAAGGAGCAGAUAUUAAUUACGCCAACCACAGGGGAAAGUCUCCCCUGGAUCUCAUUGCAGAUGGAAGGAUAGUCCAGAUCAUCAAGAACUUCUCCCAGAAAUUCAGGGAUGAGCAGAUUUCUUCAGACAGCUCUGUGGUGACCUGCAGCCUGCGCAGAGUGCAUACCACCCCCAACACAAUGACCAACCUCAGCGUGGCCAGCAUGGCGGCCCCUUCCGAGUGCCUGGUCUGUUCUGAGCUGGCUUUGCUCAUUCACUUCAUCCCAUGUCAGCACAGCAUCGUGUGUGAAGAAUGCUCCAGAAGGAUGAAGAAGUGCAUCAAAUGUCAAGUGACAAUAACCAAAAAACUCAAGCAAGACAGCACAGAGGUGGAAUGCAGCCCCAGUGCUGAGCCCACGGACCAGCGGAAGCUGAUGGAGGAGCUACAGAGCCGCUACCGCCAGAUGGAGGAGCGCAUCACCUGCCCUAUCUGCAUCGACAACCAAAUCAAACUGGUCUUCCAGUGCGGACAUGGCUCCUGCCUUGAGUGCAGCGAGGCCCUGACUGUCUGCCCCAUCUGCAGGCAGACUAUCCGGGACAGGAUUCAGAUCUUCGUCUGAGGAUGUGCUUUAACCUCCCCUUUGCUCCCUCUCCUACCUUCCUUCCUCCCUUUUUGUGUUAAUUUCGUCGAGAAUCGUGACCCAUCCCCUGUGUUUGUCUGACUCUGAAGCCAUCCUGAAAGGGGGAAAGUGAAUCACAAGAGUCACUCAUGGGGGAAAUGUUCUCCCCAUAAUGAGAGUGAGACGCCAAGAUUGUGGGGAAACAGCCCUCCUGCCCUGUGCUCCUUUCCCAGCAUGGACGGCGCCAGGCAGAAUGCCGACAGGAUGCCCUCGUGGUUUGUGCUGACGACGAGAGGGGCUGUGAAACCAGCACCGGGACAGAGUGCUUUCACGUGGAGACAUUUCAAGACAUCUCGCUCCUGUCUAGUUCCCUGCAGUGUCUGAUUCGCAGCCUUACACAGCUCUGGCAGGAUAGGCUGCGGCACAGUCCCUUCUCGUUCCCCGGCAGGCUGUGGUAAAGCAAUACUCUCGCACUUUACACAAGGAGGUAUCGGGCACUGCCCUUGGCUCUCCCGCAGGCUUGUCAGUUGCAGAGGUCUCUCGUUAGACAAUGUGCUCUCAGAGCCAAGCCUUUUGGGCGUAACAAGGUACUUGGAUUUGGGCAGCGGAGAGGAGUCUGGAACUGACGUGUUCCCAGAGAGAGAGAGAGUGUGUGCCUUAGAGAUAAAGUAGUGAACAUUUACUGAAGAAAAUACUGUUGCAGUGUGUAUUUUUUACCUCUAAGUGACACACUUCUGCCAGCAAUCUACCUUUUUUUUGCAGCCAUAAUUCCAGAGAGUCUUGAGCUUUUUACCCAUAAUGCCAAAAGCAGGUGUCAAAUAUUCCAACCGAAAUGUAAAAAAAAUAAAAUAAAAUACGACUAAUAAGGCGGAGGAGAGGAAAUUCGUUAUUCUCUUUGGCAAAAAAAUUUAUUAAAAUAGGACAUUUAUAUUCCAUUGGACAAUAAUAGGAAUGUGUGAACAAUAGUGUAAAUCCUGGUGUCAACUUGAUUCCAACUGGAUCAUGUUUUCCAACCAGUUGAUUUGGGAAAAAGCACCAUCCAGUGAACUCUCUCCCGUACCUGUGACUGGGUUCUAGUGGUGACACCCGGAGGAGCUCCCCUGUGUGUGUUGUGUGUUGCUUUGUUCUACGCAGUUAUGCUGCUCGCUCGCUCACUCACUCAUGCCCGGCACCCCAAUCGGGGUAUGGGCCGCCAACCACAGAUCUCCAGAGUCCUCUAUCCUGGGCCAUUCGCUCUAGCUGGAACCAGCUAGAGUUAUGUUGCAGACCGGUAUAAUCUUUUCGUAUACCUAGAAAGCCGUGUAUAAAAUCAACCGAAACACAGGAUUUCUUUCUCAAAUUUGUUCAUUAGCAGAGAUGUGGCAAAGGAUUCAAAUUAGUUUUGAAUCCUUGUGCGUGUAUCGUGGUUACAGGAAUAUGUAUUGCCUAGUAGUAACUCUAUAGUGUCCCAGGAAAUUGUCACAGUCCCCACUUGCUACGGAUAAUAUCUCAGAAUGCUUUCUCAGUUGAGUUUAUUACAACGUCUAUGAUUUUUUCCAGCCAAAGGGACAAUCCUGGGUCACAUUUAACCCCCAAACAGAUUCUUUUUUAAAAUAAGAUUUGACAAAACUAAGACGUAGGUUUCAAGAAUUAUAUUUUAUUCCCAGGAAAACAGAUUUUCUAAUAAACACUCCCUACUUCCUGGCUGCUGUAUCGUUCUAAGUGAAAAUGACUGUGAAUGACCAUCUUCUAAUACCCUUUCUCAUAGGAAGUGGUACCAGAGACCACCAGUGCCUGCCUUGAGCAGUGGAACUGAGCAUGCUCAGUACAAGUCAAGCAAGAAAUGUGGGUGGGGCGCGUGGCCUCCAUGUCCCACCCCCAUGCGUUGCCUCUGAGUAGUACUUGAUGCCUCAAAUAAUCCCAUUCAGUGCAACGGGGCUGCUUAUGAAGUAAGUUGCUACUCAUCGUAAGAGUGGCAGAAUAUGGCCAAAUGGGACUCCUCUGUAAAGAAAAGUGACAUUGACAAACCUUAUUUUUAUUGUCCAGGCCUGGACAAAUGCUGAAAGCAAACAAUCCGCAUGUAACAGCAUAAAGUUCGUUUAUAGUUGGAUGUUCAGAAGGGCUUCCUAUUGGCCUGACUCUGCUCCCACUGAAUGCAGUGGGAGUUCUGCUGUGGAGUUCAGUGGGAAUGGUUAGCCCAGUGCUAAGAUCAUCUGAAAAGCCACCAUGGACUUUCCAAAAUUCUUUAAUAAUCUAAGGUGUGAUUAAGAUGGGCCAGAAAACUUUUUCUUUAAAAAAAUAAUGAGAAUAAUCUGGUUUCUUUGAACCGGACGCUGUCCCUAUCAGGCCUGAUCCAAAGCCAAUUAAUGCCAAGAGGAAUCUUUCCAUUAAUUUUAAUGGACUUUGAAUCAGGCCCUAAAUCAGAAUGCUGGUCCCAAAUCGGCCUGAAGAGCUUGUGGGGAAUAUAACAUCGAGUGCUGGGCUUCUCCUUUGUCAUUAAAAUAAGCUUUACAGUCCCCAAAGUACAAUACUGUCGGUGUCUGUCCAAUCUGUGACAGCUGCACUUACUGCUUUCUGCUGUAAAUUAAUGAUUUUACAGGCUGUAUUUAAAUCCAAUAUCGUAUUAAGCAUUAAAAGGACAUUUUCAGAAGUAUAACUCUGCUGCAACAACAAAUGCAUUUGAUCAAAGGAAAAACAAACCAAUGCACUGUGCUGUAUGUCAGACGUAUGUUUGUGCUGUAUUGGGGACUGCAUAUCCUGCAACUUCUGUCUCACUCCUCUCAAAGACUUUGACACUGGACUUCGUCUGUGUACACAGAGAAGGAUACAGCGGAUCUGACUUCUUGGUUUUUUAAAAAAUAGUUGUGCGUUAGAUGAAGGUAUCUCAGAUCACUUCUAGGCCUGUGAAAAUGGGGAACUCUUUGUAGUGAGAAUACAGUCGUCAACCUUCAAAGUGCAUAACUGCUGCAGAAAAUGUCUUUCUGCUUUGCAGCAAAUAAAAUUUUUUUUCUGUUUUCCUCUUU